GCAACUGUUUGGCUAAUGAUUACACCCCUGUUGUGCACACAGUCAUUGAAUGUGCAUGAGAUAGAAGAAUGCACAUAUAAAGUUUAUUGGCGGAGGAUGUUUAUUUUCUGCACGAGUUAUUUAUUAUUGUCAUUCGCUGUCUUGUUGGCUUGAAAUUUAGCUUUCUGGUUUAAUUACCCUGAAAAAGAUUCACUGAACGCAGGUUGUGAUCUCCAGUAUUGGUGUCCAUCAUGGCAGGAGGCAUCACAGAGACCGGGGAGCUCUACUCCCCGUAUGUGGGCUUGGUGUACAUGUUUAAUCUGAUCGUGGGCACGGGGGCACUGACGAUGCCCAAGGCCUUUGCCCAAGCAGGUUGGGCGGUCAGCCUGGCGCUCAUCUCCUUCCUGGCGUUUAUGAGUUACAUGACCACUACGUUUGUGAUCGAGGCCAUGGCAGCGGCCAACGCUCAGCUGCGCUGGAAGAGGAGGGAGCAGGAAGAGGUCCAAGACAGCGACUCCACCUCUGAUUAUUCGGAUGAUGAUGUCCGGGGACGAUCAGAGCCAGAGACGAGGCCCAUUUUGUCAGUCCAGCGAACAGGAGGAGGACACGUUGAUCACUUUGACAUUGUGGAGAGGGUAGAGAUGGGUCAAAUGGCCUCCAUGUUCUUCAACAAAGUUGGUGUCAACAUGUUCUACAUCUGCAUGGUAGUCUACCUGUAUGGAGACCUGGCCAUCUAUGCUGCUGCUGUACCCAUAUCACUAAUGGAAGUAGCCUGUGGUAACCACUCAUGCAGUGCUGGCGGUGUGAAAUACGACGACACCGACUUGUGCUGGGGGCCUGUCACCAGGAAAGACGCCUACAAGGUGUUUCUGAGCAUCUUCACUGUGAUGUUGGGCCCUUUUGUCUUCUUCGAUGCUCAGAAGACCAAAUACCUCCAGAUCCUCACCUCACUCAUGCGCUGGAUCGCAUUCACCAUGAUGAUUAUCCUGGCUCUGAUCCGUAUUGGUAAAGACCGGGGCGAAGGCCACCCCCGUAUGGCCCAGAUCUCUGGGGUGCCAAACCUGUUUGGAGUGUGUGUCUACUCCUUCAUGUGCCAGCACUCCCUGCCCUCCCUGGUGACACCCAUCUCUGAUAAGAGGCGUGUGGGAACCCUGGUGGUGUGUGACUAUGUCCUCAUCCUUGGCUUCUACGGCCUGCUCUCCUUCACAGCCAUCUUCUGCUUUAAUAGCUCCCUGCUGCACGACAUGUACACCCUCAACUUCACUGACAACUGUGACGUGCUGGACAUCCCCGCGUUGCGCUACUUCCUGGGCCUCUUCCCCGUCUUCACCAUCAGCACCAACUUCCCCAUCAUCGCAGUCACGCUGCGCAACAACUGGAAGACCCUCUUCCACCGCGACGGGGGAACCUACCCCUGGGUGGUUGACCGCAUCGUCUUCCCCCUCAUCACCCUGGUGCCGCCCAUCAUCGUGGCCUUCUGCACCCACAACCUGGAGUCCCUGGUGGGCAUCACGGGCGCCUACGCUGGCACGGGCAUCCAGUACGUCAUCCCCGCCCUGCUGGUAUACUACGGCCGGCGCCACCUGGUGCCUAUGCUGGGCACGGACGAGGUCAACAAGCACCGGUCCCCGUUCCGCCACACCUUCUGGGUGUGGUUUGUAGUGGUCUGGGCUACCUUCUGCCUCAUGUUUGUCACAGCCAACAUCAUCCUGGAGGACACCAAGAAAUGAGGACACUGACUGACUGUGAAAGACCGGUUUCUCUGUGUGGGUGUCUUGUAUUUCUAUAUUCUCUCUACCUGAGGCCUUCCAGAACUUGGUACAGGUCGAACAGUGUGCCUUUUUAUGCUGCUCUUGUAGCAUAGGAAACCCUUUUAAUUACAGCGGUAAUCAGCAGUUGAAACAAUUAUAAAGUGUCCUCCCCACCCCUGUUUCAGUAAAAAGCUUGAGGAUGGGACUGGAGAAAUGUAACCAUUAUCAAAUUCAUAGACCAAGAUAUGCAUGCAAGGACUAGCCAUCCAUGAUAUCAAAAUGAUAGUUUUAACAAUGUUUUAAAGCUAUGUAGUGUUUAUUUACAUUUACUUUGUUUUCAAACAGUCCCUGUUUCGGUAAAAAGCUUGAGGUUGGAGCUGGAGAUGUAAACCAUUAUCAAAUUCAUAGACCGAGCUAUGCAUGCAAGGACUAGCCUUCCAUGAUAUCACAAUUAUAAUUUUAACCAUGUUUUUAGGCUAUAUAGUGUUUAUUUACAUUUAAUUUGUUUACAACAUUGCAGUACAACAAGCUUAUUAUAGGUACUGAUCAGUUGUGAGAGUUGAACUAAGCGGAUGAGGCAUUUAGAAGUUAUAUUCUUCAAGAAUCAAUGGGCACAUAGAUUUAUUAAUUAUAUCAACUGCAGAUCACCCCUUUUAAGAGUAAUCUAUACCAUUUGUGGAAAGAGACCAAAUAUCUAGUGAUUGUAUGAAAGCUGCUACCGUAUGUAGGAACACAAGGAAGAGGACCUUGUUCACUCUGUUCCAGUGUCCCUCUGUAGAAAAAUACAAGCUGAACGAUCAAAGACUGUAUUAGCAAGGCAUUUCACUACACAACAGCACUGUUUUUAAGCAUAUACAAAGAGCUGGUCAACUUGUUUCCAAAUGCCUCAUUUUAAAUCCAAAAUAACUGAAGGAAGGAUAGAGCAGGGAGGUGUCAGUGUUCCUCUGGACCUUCAGAAACAGUGUUGUGGCUAAAGACAGAAUAUGCUGAAACUAUGGAGAGAGCUCAGUGGAGGAAAAAUAGAACCUGACAACUAACUCAGCGCUCCUGUUGCUAAUGGCAAUGCAGAGAGACUUUAAUGCGGCUUUAAAAUGAACUUGGGAUGGUGAAAAAGGCAAGCUAAAUUAAUCUGCGAUAAUCAGUUUAUUAUGGCUGGCAUUUCUUCAUUCCUCACUGGUGGCUCUGCCUCAGUUCUCCUUGUCUUCCCUAUGAACAAUGAACCUUUCUCCAUGACAGAUCACUGACUGAUGGGCCUGAUGGAAGAGCUCCGUCCCUGGUCAUCAGGAGACCGAUCUUGAGUUCAAACUCUGUACUCAUACCACCCUCAUGUUUUACUGUUCACCACCAAAUCAUCAGCCCUUCAUCAGCUCCAUGUCAGCACCCGACUGCUCUCUGUUGAACUUUGACCCCAGAAAGUUAUCAAUGGAUACAGGAAGGUUUAUGUUGGCUACAUCACCAGGAGCCAACUGGUACGGUGCCUACUGUGCCCACAAAGACUCCUCUACAGUAGUCCCAGUAUAUCUCUUUUUGCAAUCACUGGUUUCCUCAUACCGUGAACUGCACUGUUGGUUAAGGUCUUGUAAGUAAGCAUUUCACGGUAAAGUCUACACUUGUUGUAUUCAGCUCAUGUGGUAAAUAAAGUUUGAUUUGAUUUUAACCAUCCGUCUCAUGCUCGCUCGUAACGAGAAUUUCUCAGCUGGCUGAUUUGUUGUCAGCUCUUUACUUGAGGUUUUAUUAGUUUCCUGGUAGCUCAGUUUGAUCGACUAAUUAGAUUUUACUUCCAGACAUGUGGAAACAGCCUCUUUGCCCCGAGCUCUGCUCAUGCUAAUGUCCACAUUAUACGCUUCUGUCUCCUCAUUGCCAUGUCUAUAUAUAUAUAUAUAUAUAUCUCUGCUCUAUAGAAUAUAUAUAUUAUGUCCCAUUAUAGUCAUCAAGUUUGGAGCCCAACUACAGGAGUCAUACCUUUUUUGAAACAGUAUUGUUGUUGGGGAAUGUAAAUCAUGUUUUGUGGUGUAGGGUUCCAUAUUACACGGUCACAUUUAGAAUGGUGGUUUUCUUUUAGUAUGUAAGUGCUAAAGUAAUAGCUAAAGUGUAUCGUUAGCUGCCUGUCAUGAGCACACUCCUGGUCAAAAAGGGAAAUGCUUAUUACCAUUCAUGGUUUGCACCUGCAACUUUGCACAUAAUUGCCUUGGGUUUUACGUAGACUUUUGCAAAUGGUUUAUCAUGAAGAUUUUUAUAAGGGUUGAUAACUAUGGUAUUUAUCUAACAGUCUUCAAUGGUAUUCUUAACCCAUCAAUAUAUACAGCUUGACACUAUUUAAAAUGCAUUAGACUAAUAGUCAUGCAUUGUAGCAUAUUGAUGGCAGUACAGUAUUGUUGAGGACUAUUGAAUGAGAGACCUCUGCAUGUUGUUGGUAUUGUGUGUGUGUUAGGACAGAAAAAGAGUGCUGACUAUUUCUGUAACACUGCUUCUCUCAAUAUUGGGUUCCUUUUCUUCAAUAUUGGGUUCCUUCUCUUCAAUAUUGGGUUCCUUCUCUUCAAUAUUGGGUUCCUUCUCUUCAAUCUUGGGUUCCUUCUGGUAAUUAUUGUAAACAUUACAUUUCUGCAUGCAGCUCCUUCCAAAAUGAUGCAGCCAGUAGUCAGCUGUUCCUUUAAGGCUUGCAGGUUGUGAUGGGUGGGAUGGUUACUCCUCUUCUUAUCUUCUUUUCAAUACAAAUGUGCAAUAUGCUUUGAACUGGGUUGGGGAAGUAAGAUUUCAAGCGAAUAUUAACUGUUUCUGAGAGUGUUUUGUCUGUGUGUAUACUUGUGUGUGUCAGUGUAUGUGUCACUUUGAAAAGAUUUUAAAUGCGUAUGUCUGACUCUUAUUUGGAGUUGUGAAAUGUGCCUUUUUCCCGGGGUUAUUGUUUCCAUUCAUUUGUUGACUGUUGUUUUUCCUGGCAUGUCUUUGUUUUAAGCAGCCUGUCAGAUAAGAUCUGCAUGUAAGCCACUUAAUUUAACUGACAACCAAUGUCUCCUCAAAAUAAACUGGGAUAUCCUUGUCUUCUAAA